AUGUCCUCCGAUGUCCCAUCUCCCAGCCCUUCAAGAAACCGCUUCAAGUUCAAAGGGGUCAGCUUCGGCCGGCGCAAGAGUGUGAUACCAAACUCGGUGGUCCCAACUUCGACGCCGAAGAAGAAGAAGGCUACGAAUUGGCGUAGAACGCUCUUGUUCUUGCGUCAAAGCCCCAACGCCCAAGUCAUCGUUCCUCCCCCUGUCGAGGAAUUGGUACCAGCGCUUGCGCUGCCCACUGAUGUCAACCAUGAAAUCUUCGUCUACGAACCUGAUAAACUCGAGUCCCUCGAACAUACGCAAGAAGUCGAGUCAAGAUCUGUAAUCAGUCGACAUUCAGUCGUCUCUGAAUCGCGGUUCUUACCGGUCGAGGCGGAGUGGGGAUCAGAUGGAGUGAUUCAGACUGACGGAGGAGUUCAAAAUGCACCAGUCCUAUACAUCGAAGAUGACGAUGCAAAAGUGCAAGUCUUUGAGCCAGAGGACGAGGAGGAGUGCUAUGAACUUUGGCAUCUAUUUGCCAAUGCAGAUGCAGAAGUCUCAUCCUCAAUCGACUCUGACUCCGCCCACAUCAUGGAACGACACCUAUCUUCGUCGCCCUCUGGCCACUCUGUAGAUGUCAGCACGCCUGUUGUAACAGACGCGGGGUCUGACUCGGUUUCGAUUGCCCCCAGCGAGGAAAGCGAGACUUCGGCAGUUUUCUUAUUGGAGGCUGUCGCGGGGAGAACUGUGAAAGAGGAGGGCCACUUGUCGAUUGCGCAUUUAUUUGCCCAUGUGAACUACGACAACCAUGAUGAUACAGAUUCAGUCAUCCAUCGUGACGCAUUAGAGGAGAAAGACGAAGACGAGUCCAACAGUGACAGCAGUUCAGUCACGCAUCACGAUCCUGAGGACGACCAUAACUCUGAGCAUGAGAAUGCCAAUGUACAAUAUGAUUUGGAGGACUAUGACUCUGGCUAUCUCAAUGUCAAUGCGGAACCAGUCCUCACUCGCGAUAUCGAGGACAAGGACAAUGCUUUCCCAGAUAUGGCCACACGUGAUGAUGCCGAAAAUGCCAUGGAGAAUGACGGUACCAACAUGGAGCAUGAUGUUGAUGAUGUCUUGGAGGACGAACUUCAGUCCCUACAUGUCCAUUCCGAUACAGAUUCAGGUGCAUCUGACGCUGAUGGACCAGAUGCUCAACUGAAAAGUGUCUUCGAAGACGAUUCCGAGUCCGAUCCAGGCUCAAGCGAUUCGGAAAGCUCUUCUGACGAGGAUGAACCAAAUGCCCAACUUAGAAGGGUCUUUGACAAAGACUCUGAUUCCGAUUCAAGCUCUAGCGGUUCUUCCCACAUGUCACGGCCCGGGAGUCGCGGUGUCUCUGAAUGCGUAACACUAUCCUCCGUCGCGGUAGGCGUUGUUUCCACUUCCCGGUCCAGUACACCCCAUCUCGAGUCUGUUUGCGUGGAGGCCGACAAGGUGCUCGCUCUGGAGAAGGAAGUUGGCGCACUUCGGCUGCAGAAUCGUCUUCUGCGAAGCCAAGUCGAGGCUGCGACUGGCAUCCCACCGCACUUGACGCCGCCUGCAGAAGCGUUGUCCCUCCUCCCUGAUACGAUCAAUGAUGAUAAUGAUCACGAGCCCCAACCACCCGCCUUGGCCCCACCAACGCUUCCAGAACCCCUCACGGACAACCUUUCUUCCAGGCCACAAACACCCUUGGACCAACGGGCUCCGGUGAGGAUAUCAAUGCCCGAAAUUGACCAUGAAAAACCAGCACAUCAAAUCGAUCAGCCGAAGGGUGAUGUCCGGACCCGUGCACAACAGCCUCGGACGGGAAAGAAUUGGGCGGCGGGCCGACGUGGCCGGAAGGGAAGGAGUCUUGAAGAGAAGGGCAGCGUGGGCACAGAACAAUUGGAUCGGACGUCGAAAGAGGCAGCAUGGAAGAAGGAGGAGCCGCAUAUACUAACUGACGACGAUGACAUUAGACGCCCUUCGCUCUUCCGGAUGACGACCCUCAAGUUGGUCGAGCCGGAUAUGAAAGCGCGUGGACCAAAUGGCCUCGCUGUUCCACCGCGCCGGCCGUGGGGGCCGACCCGCCGGAUCACGUUACCCCCAUUGGAUGCCAAGGCACUUGCCAUUAGAGAUGCAUUGGAAAAGGAGAAGAAGCGCAUUGCCAGAGAGGACGAGCGGCUAAAGUGGGCUUCACGACGGGCGAGGUUGCGGGAAAGGUCAUAA